CCAAGACUUGAAAUGGCUUUAAAUAUUCAUUUAACCAUACAUCAAUCGUUUUCCAAAGGCUAAUCGUUCUAAACCAAACACCACCCACUCUUAAACUACAUUACCAAAUCAAUUAAAAUAGGGAAUCAUAACAACACAACAGAAGAUUAUGAUAAACCAUUAAAGAAGCCUUUAAGCUAUUCAAGUAAAAGGGAUCCAUUGGUAAUGGCAGACUCCGACAUAGAGACGAGUAGCAACCACAAUAGCAACAGCAACACCAGCCAUUCAACCUCAUCGACCACGAGCGUUCACGUUACAGCACUUGACGGGAUCGUAAGUGCUAAUUCUCUCUUCACGGUCGCAGUCUUUGUCGGGAUAUCCUUUGACCAACCACGUGACCUCAGCCUCACGGACAGAUCCGAGUGCAAUGCAGGACGAGACGUGGAACGCGACCUAGUUGUGUUUGAAGUCAUCUCAUUUGCCUUCUUCCUCUUCUCCUCCCUGGUGGCUCAAGGCAUGAAGCUAGCCAUCAACCUUUUGAACAGCAAAGAAACGGAUGAAGUGUUUAAAGCAAAUAUUAACAGGGAUGUGCUUCGUUUUGGUGUGGUUGGUGCAGCUGGUGGAUCUAUCUUGGGCUGUGUUUUUCUCCUGUUGUCAAUUGUUGAUGUUAUUCAGCUUCGUAUCGGGCUACUCUCUUGCGGCAGUGCUUUGGCAAUUCAUACUGUCUUGGCGCUUGUGGUUUUGGUCUCUUCUGCUCUCAGUGUUUAUAUCUUCACUGUGUUCUACUCUUUCAGGAAAUAAUUGAUCUUUAAGAACCUUAUAGUUAGUGAUAUAAGCAUAUAUAUAUAUGUGUAUUGGAUAAUGUUAAAAACUUUAAGCAUACAAAUAUGUAUGAGUUCAAAAAAGAUAGUUACCGAGAAUGUAAAUUCUGCAAAA